AUAACAUUUUCUAAGCUUUGUUCUUUCACUCCAAAACCACUCUACCAUGCUACUCUGACAACUUUCCAUGGCCAUUGCUGCUUACUCUUCCUCUUCCUUUUCAUGUUACUGCCUAAUUCUUGCUUUCGGCCUCUCUUCUUUUACUACCUGCAUUUCGGCCCACGUUGCCUUGGGCUCCAGGUUAUUGUCUAGCAAGGCCCAAACUUGGGUUUCAGAAAACGGCACAUUUGCUUUCGGGUUCACUCCGGCAGAUACCGAUAAUCGAUUGUUUCUGCUUGGCGUUUGGUUUGCACAGCUUCCAGGAGAUCCAACUGUAGUUUGGUCACCCAAUAGAGACAGUCCUGUAUCCCAAGAUGCAACAUUGGAGCUUGACACCACUGGCAACCUUGUUCUCGUGGAUGGAGACAUCACAGUGUGGACCUCAAACACCUCAGGUGCCGGUGUACAAGCAGCAGUCAUGGCAGAAUCCGGCAACUUCAUCCUCCAGAACGCCACCAGCCACCCUGUGUGGCAGAGUUUUUCUCAACCUUCCGACACUCUCCUCCCCAACCAGCUUCUAACAGUGUCUUCAGAACUAACUUCAUCUAAGUCUUCUUCUCAUGGUGGCUACUAUUCUCUCAAAAUGCUUCAACAGCGUACUUCCUUAAGCCUUGCUCUCACUUACAAUCUCCUUGAGACUUACCAAGCCUCAGAUGAAUCAUACACCAACUAUUCCUAUUGGAAUGGCCCUGAUAUCUCCAAUGUGACUGGGGAGGUUAUAGCAGUUUUAGACCAUGCUGGGAGCUUUGGGAUUGUGUAUGGAGACUCUUCUGACGGUGCAGUGUAUGUGUACAAGAAUGAUGGUGACGAUGCAGGCUUGCCUUCUGCAGUUAAUCAAUCUGCACCAUCGACUGUUCUCAGGAGACUAACACUGGAAAAGAAUGGCAAUCUGCGGUUGUAUCGAUGGGACGAAGUGAAUGGCUCAAGGCAGUGGAUGCCACAGUGGGCAGCAGUUUCAAAUCCAUGUGAUAUUGCUGGAGUUUGUGGAAAUGGGGUUUGCAAUUUGGAUAGAAGUAAGACAAAAGCCACUUGCACUUGCUUGCCAGGAACUUCUAAAGUUGGGAGGGAUGGCUUGUGCUAUGAGAAUUCAUCUCUUGUGGGAAAAUGCAAUGGCAAGCAUGAAAACCUGACAUCCCAGUUUAGGAUUUCGACGGUGCAGCAAACCAACUAUUAUUUUUCUGACAUUUCUGUUAUAGCUAACUACAGUGAUAUUUCUAAUGUGUCAGCAUGUGGGGAUGCUUGCUUGUCAGAAUGUGAUUGCGUGGCUUCUGUUUAUGGGCUAAAUGAGGAGAGAGCAUAUUGUUGGGUGUUGAGGAGCUUAAGUUAUGGUGGUUUUGAAGAUACAGGCUCAACUUUGUUUGUGAAAGUAAGAGCAAAUGGGUCAUGGACUCCAGAAGGCCAAGGAGGGUCUUCUGGUGGAAUGGGAAGUGCAAAGGAGAAGGCUGUGAUUAUUCCCACUGUUGUGAGCAUGGUAGUUCUCAUUGCUUUGCUGAGUUUAUUACUGUAUUACAGCGUUCACAGGAAAAGAACUUUGAAAAGGGAGAUGGAAAGUUCCUUGAUCUUAUCAGGUGCUCCAAUGAAUUUCACAUACCGUGAUUUGCAGAUCAGAACAUGCAACUUUUCACAGCUGCUAGGAACAGGUGGGUUUGGGAGUGUAUAUAAAGGAAGCCUGGGAGACGGUACUCUAGUGGCAGUGAAGAAACUUGACAGGGUUUUGCCUCAUGGAGAGAAGGAAUUCAUCACUGAAGUAAACACUAUUGGCUCAAUGCAUCAUAUGAAUUUGGUUCGCCUAUGCGGCUAUUGUUCUGAGGGGUCACAUAGGCUUCUGGUUUAUGAGUUCAUGAAGAAUGGGUCAUUGGAUAAGUGGAUCUUCCCUUCGUAUCAAGGGCGAGAUAGAUUGUUGGAUUGGACAACUCGUUUCAAUAUAGCCAUAGCUACUGCACAAGGGAUUGCAUACUUUCACGAGCAAUGCAGGGAUCGGAUAAUACACUGUGACAUAAAACCGGAGAAUAUAUUGGUGGACGACAACUUUUGUCCUAAAGUAUCUGAUUUUGGACUGGCGAAAUUGAUGGGAAGGGAGCAUUCUCAUGUGGUGACAAUGGUGAGAGGCACAAGAGGUUAUUUGGCACCAGAAUGGGUUAGUAAUCGCCCUAUAACUGUCAAAGCUGAUGUUUACAGCUAUGGGAUGCUUCUUUUAGAGAUCAUUGGUGGUAGGAGAAAUCUUGACAUGUCCUUUGGUCCUGAGGAUUUCUUCUAUCCUGGUUGGGCUUACAAGGAGAUGACAAAUGGGUCAACAAUUAAAGUGGCAGAUAGAAGAUUAAAUGGGGCAGUUGAUGAAGAAGAGCUAACGAGAGCUCUGAAAGUUGCAUUUUGGUGCAUCCAAGAUGAGGUAUCCAUGCGACCAACAAUGGGGGAAGUGGUGAGACUUCUGGAAGAUACGGUGGACAUUAAUAUGCCACCGAUGCCACAGACAGUGCUAGAGUUAAUUGAGGAAGGCUUAGACCAUGUAUACAAAGCUAUGAAAAGAGAGAAUAAUCACUCCAGUUCAUUCACUCUUACCAGCCAUCUCACAUCUCGUGCCACAUGUAGCAAUUCCACAAUGUCACCGAGAUAGUCUUCAAAAUGUAACACAAAAACCUCAACAACCUAGGAAUUUGUCUUUCGUGUGAUCUGAGUAUAUGGGAAAAUCAUGGAAGGUUUUGGGAGAAGUCCCACAUAAGAAGGAAAUAGAUUCUUACUCCGCCUGUGUAUAACUCCUACCCAUUUCUCAUUAUUCACCGAAUAUACCAACAACUGUUCUUUCCUUCUACUCCUUUGUAGUAAAGGGUCAUUGUAUCUAUAAUCUUUGUAAUUAUACUCUUUGCAAUUUUGGAGUAUUUGUCCUUUAUAUUAAUAAUUUGAAUUUUUUA